GGUAAGUAAAACUGUAGAGAGAGUUAGCGACCACCUCACAAGCUUCGUCUUCUUCAGAGAGCUUUUUGCCCUAGAUAGCGAGCGGGAGAUUCCAGAUUGAGAGCAGCUUCGAGUUUCCCACACCUCGCCGUUUCUCUUUGCGUCUUCGAGUUUCGUUACCAGAGGAGUUAAGGUUUAAGGCAUUGUGGGUGAGAGUGAUCUGGUGUUGAAGUUAUUUUGACUAGUUCGAGGAUGGACUUUGAUGAGUAUGAGUACCUAGAGAAGACUGUUGAGAAUCCCCUCCUGGAGAAUGAAGUUGGGAAUGGUGGUGAUGAUGGGAAAGCCAAAUCUGAAGUGAAAGAGCGGAGUAGAAGCUCGAGGCACAGGAGUGAUGAGAAGAGGGAUGAGGAUGAGGAUGGUCGGCGUUCUAAGCGGUCAAGAUCUCGCCACCGUUCACGUUCUAGAGACAGAGAGAGGGAUAGGCAUAGAAGUAGCCGGGAGCACAGGGACAAGGAUAGGGAUAGAGAUCACGAAAAGUGUAGUAGAGAUAAAGAAGAAAGAAACGGGAAAGAGAGAGAGAGGGACAAAGACAGGGAUCGUGACAGUAAAGGGCGUGACCAUGAGAAAGAUAGGGAGAGAGAUCGUUCACGGCGGAGUAGAAGUCGAUCUGAGAGACGUCGGAGUCAGGAAAGAGAGAAGAGCCAGGAAGUAGAACCUAAGGAAAGAGAGACCAAGGACCGGGAUAGAGAUCGCAGACGCAAAAAGGAGGAUAAGGUAGAGCCUGAGGCUGAUCCUGAAAGAGACCAGAGAACAGUUUUUGCCUAUCAGAUUGCUUUGAGGGCAACUGAAAGGGAUGUUUAUGAGUUCUUUUCCAGAGCUGGAAAGGUACGGGAUGUACGGAUAAUUAUGGAUCGAAUUUCCAGGCGUUCGAGGGGAAUCGGGUAUGUGGAAUUUUAUGAUACAAUGUCUGUCCCUAUGGCUAUUGCUCUAUCUGGACAACCUCUCCUUGGUCAGCCUGUUAUGGUAAAACCUUCUGAAGCUGAGAAGAAUCUUGUUCAGUCAACAACUGCUGCUGCUGGAGCAGGGGGGAUGUUGGGCCCCUACUCUGGGGGAGCUAGACGUCUUUAUGUUGGUAACCUCCACAUUAACAUGUCAGAAGAUGAUCUGCGAAAGGUUUUUGAACCAUUUGGGAGUGUGGAGCUGGUGCAAGUACCUCGUGAUGAAACUGGCCUCUGCAAAGGAUUUGGUUUUGUUCAGGUAGGUAGAGUCAAUGCUCUAAACAUGCAUCUAACAUCACAUGCAUAUUAUAUCUGUUGAUAAUGUAGUUUGAUGUUUCAUUAGGUGUCAGCUGUAACUGAUCAAACUGAAGUUCCAGAUGCUGGACAGACGCAAGCCACUGGUGAUUUGGAUGAUGACGAUGGAGGAGGCCUGUCUCUGAAUGCACAAUCUCGGGCGCUUCUCAUGCAAAAGCUCGAUCGUAGUGGAACUGCAUCAAGCACUGGCCUUACUACAGCUGCAUCUAUUCACGGUGGAGUUUCUACAAUAUCUCCACUGACAAAUCCUGCUGUUGUACAAGGGUCUUUUCCUGCUGUUGCUGGACUAGUAGGGGCCGGCAUUAUUCCCGGUGUAAAUAUACCAGCUGCGAUCGACCCAGUUGGUGUCCCCAGCGAAUGUCUGCUACUUAAAAACAUGUUUGAUCCAUCCACAGAGACUGAACCUCAUUUUGACGAUGAUAUCAAAGAAGAUGUUAAAGACGAAUGCUCCAAAUUCGGAGAACUGAAUCAUAUCUAUGUUGACAAGUACAGCAUUGGUUUUGUCUACCUGAGAUUUGAGAAUGUGGAAGCGGCCAUGGGUGCACAACAUGCUCUCCAUGGGAGAUGGUUUGCCGGAAAGAUGAUUACUGCCUCUUACAUGACUACAGAGGCUUACGAGGCCAAAUUUCCCGAGAGUAAGGUCGAUUAAAUGGUGCCGAGACAAAGUUUUUAAUAUGGUUUAAAGCAUAAAUGAAGAUAACAAUCUGCGGUGGUGAAGUUUGCUGUCCUUAAGGGUUAUUACAAAUCCAAUCUUAUGUCCAAUUUAUGUUUAUGUCUUUUUUACCCGCUUCUUGUAUUUUUAAGUCUCGGAUUCUCGGUAGUAUUAUGUGUGACGGUAACUUUGACACCUUUUUAGAAGUUUAAAUCCAGUAUUUGUAUUAUGCGAACAUGUUUUUAGAUUUCAUAAGAAUGUUUCGACUUUCUA